GCUGGAGAAGAUGAUAAAAAUAAAUCAGUGAAUCAAAGUGGAACAAAAAGUGUUUAGCAUUUUUUUGGAAUAAAUCUUAGUUCUAAUUGAAAAAGGGAAGUCAACAUGAGUGCCCCAAUCGUAAUUACUGUCCCGACCAAGUACAUCCCGAUCAAUUUGGCCCCGUUGGCCAUCAAAACCGAACCCAGCCCAUCGUCGCCGCUCUCGGACGCAGACGAGUCCACUUCGUCGAUGGAUGAGUUCCUGGUUCGGGGCAAGAAGCGCCGCCUGGAUCACUUAACAUGGGAGGAGAAGCUUCAGAGGAAAAAAUUGAAAAACCGCGUCGCAGCCCAAACAUCUCGCGACCGUAAGAAAGCCAAAAUGGAAGACAUGGAACAAACUAUCCAACAGCAGACAGAACAAAUAAGCGAACUGCAACUGAAGUGCGCGUCGCUCCAGUCGGAAAAGGACGCCUAUUACAGCAAAUGUCUUGAUCUGGAGACCCGCCAGGAAGAACUGGAACGGCGGCUCAAUGAGCUCCAGCAGCAGAUACAAAUGACGACCACCGUCAAGUCGGAACCGGCAAUGGCCCGCAGCCUCACACAGUGUUGGCUCUGCUUCCACCCUACUAGGAUCAGCAGCAUCCGCCAAAACCCCUCAGCAGCAGGGAACUAUUUCAAUGGAAGCACAGACGACACUGAGUCAGGACACGACCAGCCACCAACAGACCGACGAAGAAAGAGUAGCAGCACUGUGGAAGAUAAUUGCUCUCUGCCUGCUCUACAGGACAUGCUCGAAGACUUCGACGUGUCUAAGCUCGAAGAGCUCGCCGAAAGCCUACUGGCCAAUGUCACAAGCGAGCUGGAAGGAAUUGAUCGAGGAAGCAGCCCGAUUGAUGCCGAAGAUGCAAGCGCCGGCUGCGGAAUGCUUGGACCAGUGGUGGGGACCCCAUCAGAACAGCUGGAAUCCAGCGAAGAAACUAAUCAAGGAGGCAGCCUAAUUCUGACCACCCACAACUAUUCAAAGUCACCCUUUCACGUGGAGAAGCCACACAGCAUCGGCCAACAGUCUGACCUUGAUCGAACGCAAUCAACGGUCUACGGAACCUACGACGAUGAAACCAAUUGCAUCACUAUCGUCCUCAACAGCGACGAUAAUGAUGAAGAACUUCCUCUGGAGGAGGAAAUCAUUUGCGAAGAAACAGAAGACGAUUACUCUACCGAAGAGCAAGUGUUCAAAGUCAAAUUGGAACCGGUUCGGGAGUUGCUCUCACCUAUCCCAAGCACAUGUUCCAACUAUUCUUCUUCGGACGAAGCAAAACCAGCGUUCGAUGAUGACGAACCACAACAGUUAUUCAAAUGCCCUUUGACGCCACGGUCGUUCGUAUCGGACGGAGGGUACGAGUCGCUGGGCUCACCCAAUGGUUCCACUGAUUUUAGUAUAACAACCAGCUCCCUGGACGAUUUUUGGAAUUUGGAUCUGUUUCCGAUUUUGAACUGAUAUUCAACUAACGAAAGUAGUGCCCAGUUGUAAAUAUUUUCCGUUCCUUCAGUGAUGUACAAAUACGAUUGUUAAUUCAAAGCCGCUAGGUUCUCAAUAAUCUAGGAAAAUUGAUGCAGUUUGAUAUUUAAUUUAAUUCUCUUUAGGCUUUGUUUGCUGAUUAGAUUAAGGUCAGAUUGUUGUACAUAUUAGACAUUAAAAGAGUAGUUUAUUAUUUAUUUAUCGUUAAUGCCUAAAGUUCUCUCUGGCUAAAGAUAAAUAUUUGUUCUAUAAAUGCUGUGUAGUUGUCCCCUAGUUUGAUAGAUUGUUUAGUUUUAUUUUGUGCACAAAAUAAAUGUAGAUUGCUGUCACUGAAGAUGAAAAAAAUUAUCUUCAGGGAAUUGUGAAGUACGUAACGAAAUACACAACAAUAUUGUUACAUAUUUUAUAAAUUUCAUCUUAAAACAACCCUUCGGUAAGGGUGACUUUUAAAAUAAACCGUUAAAUCCUAA